AUGAAAGGUUUCCUUGCUCUCAUUCUUUGCUGUGCCUUCUUGGCAAGCAGUGAAGCUAAGGUCUUCACAAAAUGUGAGCUGGCCAAGGUCCUGAAAACUGCUGGUCUCGAUGGAUACUACGGGUACAGCCUGGCCAACUGGAUGUGUAUGGCUUAUUAUGAGAGCCGUUACACAACCAAUGCUAAGUACGACAAUGGCUGGAGCCGGGACUAUGGAGUUUUCCAGAUCAACAGCUACUGGUGGUGUAAUGAUGGCAUAACCUCCGGAACAAAGAACGCUUGUAGCAUAAGCUGCAGUAGUUUAAUGAAUGACGACAUCAGUGAUGACAUUGUUUGCGCCAAACGUGUGGUUAGAGAUCCCAACGGCAUGGGAGCCUGGGUCGCUUGGAACAAUUACUGCAAGAAUGCGGACGUUAGCAGCUUUGUUAGCGGAUGUGCUCUUUAA